CUUAAAUUCGAGUGAUCCGUUUGCAUGGUCCAAAAUCCAAGUUGAGGAUGUUUAUCCGCACGACGCUACCUAUCACUGAGAAGGACAAAAAUAGUGCAAACAGCGGCACACGUGACUGAUCAUUCAAAUAUAUUGAUUGCAAAUUGCCACAGAAAUCGGAAACCACUGCAAACUUUGUGCAAACUUCGACGCGUCGAAAUCGCCAAAGUUCCUUCCAGAUGUCCUUAAAGCUCGGGGAAUGCGCCGUGUGCUUUGAGGACAUCAAGAUUGGUGGCACUCUCAAAUGUGGGCAUGUUCUCGACUAUGAAUGCCUGAAAUGCUCACUUUUGGUCCUACCUGAAACAUGCCCUGUUUGUCGCCAACGUGAUGACCAACCUCCCGUUAAACUCUUCUUCGACGAAGGACUGGGUCCCGAUGACGAGUCUGGUGGGAACGACAUCAACGUGCGAAAGGAUGGACAAGGUGAAAUGGAGACUCAAUUCCGUUCCAAUAUUUUCCGGACUAUGCAGGAAUCCCUCGCUGAGGCCCAGAGUAUGUUGGGUCAAGCGUUGGCCCAGCUGUCGAAGGAACAGGAUGAGAAGGAAAAGGUCUCGAAGAAGUAUCGGGUCUUGAAAGACCAGCUUGCUAAAAAUAUGGCUUGCGAUUCUGCUCGGAGGAAGACGGCAGAGAUUCCGCUUUGCUCGAUCCCCGGGUCUGAAUUUUGGAAAGCCGUUACAGAUUUGACGGAGGAACGCGGAAGGACUCACGCAGUUCACGUCGAAAUACCGUCUAACAGACCCAGGCUAGGAAAACGUCCAAGCCAGCCCAUGGAUUCAAGUGGAAGUGAAGUCUCCGUCCGCGCUUCUACCUCGGGCUCAAAUUCUGCCGCUGGGUCUUCAAACCCCAGACGUCGAUCGCUAAUGCCUUCCCGGGCCCCCACUUCGUCAUUACUCCCUCCUUCAUCUUCUAAUCACCACAGAUCAAGCGGCGGUGCAGAGGGAAGCCGCAAUCGUCAAGCAAGUUCCGAGCGGCGCCCAGUGGUGGUUAUUGAUGUGGAUUCUGGAUCACCCCGCAAGCGGCGACGCCAGUCAUCCUAAUCGCCGUACGCCUGUGCUACAUGAAUGAUUAGCUUAACCCCUUGAGUAUCUAUUUGCGAUUACACCUGCAUAUAUCCUUAUCAUGAAGCUAUUGCACGGGAUCGUUGUGAG